AGGGACACCGAAACUAACGAAAAUACAGUUCAACAAUCAGCGGUAUAUAAACAGAUAUUUAAGGGGUUCAAAGUCGUCGAACAGAAGCCAUACACCACCACCACCACAGAGGGCGUUGCACUAUUCCUGGUGAUUGACAAUGAUUUCCAAGACUACACGGCUUCAUGUAUUUGCCAGCGAGAUUGGCCUCAAUAUCCUCAAUCAGCGGUUCUGAAAUAUGCUGUCCGAGUUGUCCGAGUCAUCAAUUUACCCUUCAAGCAGUUUUUGAAAGCUGGCUGGUCCGGGGACAAGUAAAAUUUCCGUGAAUCCCUGCUCAAGAGUGCUGAGGUUUUGUGCAUAGAUGGAACGCAUUCCACAUCUCCAGAUCAGUUCUCACAGUUGUUCUGGUGCAAGUGGAUGGAUUGUACAGUACCGCUUUCUACGCUCUUCAGUCCAGAAGACUUAGCAGUCAUGAUGGUUUGAAGUGUUGCCAAUGCCUUGAGAAGAGUAUGCAUAGCUGAAGUUCCAACAAUGGCUAUUGACUGGGUGCAGAUUGAAGCCAACUCUUCUGUGCUGUUUGAUGAGUUCAUUUCACAUCGUAUCGGACUCAUUCCUCUUACAAGUGAUGACGUUGUGGACCGUUUACAGUAUUCCAGGGACUGCACGUGUGAGGAGUUUUGUCCAGAGUGCUCCGUGGAAUGCCAGGAUGAUGUCACGCGUCAUGUGACCAGCGCAGACCUCAUCUCUAGCAACCCCAAGAUAGUGCCGGUAACUUCGAGGCACAAAGAAGAGGCCAGUGAAUACGAAGAUACUGAUGACAUCCUGAUUGUCAAGUUACGUAAAGGUCAAGAGUUGAAGGUGAAGGCCUUUGCUCGGAAGGGUUUUGCCAAGGAGCAUGCCAAGUGGAACCCUACGACGGGCGUUGCGUUUGAGUAUGACCCAGAUAAUGCCCUGCGACAUACUACCUACCCCAAACCAGAGGAAUGGCCAAAAAGUGAAUUUUCAGAGCUGGAGGAAGAUGAACACCAAGCGCCGUUCGAUCCUAACGGGUUUCCCAACAAGUACUACUACAAUGUGGAGUCGUGUGGCUCCCUGAAGCCUGAGAACAUUGUGUUCUCGGCACUCGCAAAACUCAAAGAAAAACUGAGCAAUCUGCAAACACAGUUGAGCCAUGAAAUACAGUCUGACGUGUUGGCGGUGUGAUGGGCUAAUCUUGUUGUCUCAUUUAUCAUUCAUAUUUCAAUCAUUUGCUUGCAUACAUGGAAUAAUGUCCAAAUCAUCUCAUUUACAUUUUUUUAGCUCAGUUGAAUUAUCCGAAGGGAUAUUAAAUAAUUAUAAAUCACUGAUUCUACUCCUUUAAUUUGACGUUUCGGCAUUAUGCCUUAAUCAAAACAAUGGAAAAUAUCCGUAAACUACAUUUUUACGUCUUUUGACAACACAAUUUAAAUAACAGAGUAAAUAUUUUUAAACGUCAAAUGACGUUGUACAUCAUGACGUCAUGAAUGAUGAUAUAUAAAAUGGCGUCAUCAUGUGUAAUGUCAUUUGACGUUUAAAACAUUGACUCUGUUAUUUAAAUUGUCAAAAGACGUAAAAAUGUAGUUUACGGAUAUUUUCCAUUGUUUUGAUAAAGGCAUAAUGCCGAAAUGUCAAAUUAAAGCAGUAAAUUUUUUUAAUCAUUAAGACAUACAUUUGUUUUCAUAUUUGUUUGACAUUAUGUGUAAAUCAUAAAAUUUUAUAAACAUUGGUAACAAACGUUUUCUUUUAUUUUGUCGAGUUCAGUUGACAGCUUUAUUGCAAUCAGAAAUGACAUUAAUUCAAAAUUUGCAAAUGGUCAAUAGAAUUCGUGUUAAGCCUAAGUGGGUGAGCUGUCAUUGAAUUGAUAGUGUUUCACACUAAUCUAAUAAUUAUACAACAGGCUUCAUCAGCAAUGGGCAAUAACAAAAAAGUUUAACAGUCCAGAGGCUAAUCAGAGACAACACUUUCCAUCUUAACUGGAUUUUCGAUUGGAAGAGACUUUCUUUAAACAAAAAAAUAUUUAAAAAGGGGGAAAGUGUUGUCCCUGAUAAGCCUGUUAUAUUUAGGCUUAUUUGGAGGAAACUUAACUUAACCCUUUCAGUGCGGGAACCGAAUUUUAAAGGCCUUUGCAAACCGUUAGGAUCCAGAUGAGACGCCACAGAACGUGGCGUCUCAUCAGGAUCCAAACUGUUUGCUAUUCUGAUAGUAUUCUUUGAAAAAAAAUCGAAGAAAAUGCUAAUUUUAGAAAUUCAGCAGACGACAUUUUAGCAGACGACACAUUUCCCAGCAUGCAAAUGGUUAAAAUACAUUAGACUGGUUAUCUCAGAGCGCGACUCAUAUACGUGUAUUUGUCACCUGUCAAUUCAUGUGUCGUGUUACUGGAUGGCUUAGUACACUCAUAUACGUGUAUUUGUCACCUGUCAAUUCAAGUGCCAUGUUACUGGAUGGCUGAGAACAGAUGUAUUUGUCACCUGUCAAUUCAUGUGUCAUGUUACUGGAGCUCAAUUGGUCAUUGCCGGCUCGUGUACUACUUACAUGUACCCCGGGUACUCUUUAGUAUACUUACAUGUACCCCGGGUACGGUAAAUAUGCUAAAACGUAUCCGGGAAAUUUAAAGUUUAAUCGGUCGUUGUCGGCUAUUUUUUCAAAAUAAAUAUAUUCACAUUAAGUCAAUUUUCUGUAAAAUGGCCUCUAUAUUAUCGAAACUCAUACUCACAAAGCAUGUUGACGCAGUUUGAAAAAAAAGAAGUUUGUUAAAGAUAAUCGGUAGCACGUUUUACGACAUAGAAAUUAGGCGGGAAUACAACUCGGGUACAGUCUAAUAUCGACUGGGUAUGAUUAAGGAUAUUUACCGUACCCGGGGUACAUGUAAGUAUACUUUAGAGUACCUGGAGUACAUGUAAGUAUAAAGAGUACCCGGGGUACACAUAAGUAGUACCCGAGCCGACAAUGACCAAUGGAGCGUUACUGGAUGGCUGAGAACAGAUGUGAAAUCUUUGUUAUGUUUAGAUAAUACAUGUCUGAAUGCCUGACUCUAUAAUAUAUACAUCUUGAUGAGAAAGUUUGAAGCGCUGAAUGUAAAAUAAUUUAUGGGGACUGAACAAGUGAAUAAUAAAAUGCAAUUAUUCUGACAGGAUUGUUAGGAGACAAAGUAAGCCCCUCAAAUAAUCUGAUAAAGAUGACUGUCUAGUAUGAAUCAACAAUACAAAUUAAAAGACAUA